UUGGAUCCAAAAGACAAUUAUAAAUAUUGCGUUGUUUCUGCUUUCACAAGUGGAGAAGUUAAUAUUGAUACGGAUGAUCUUUAUCAUACAUCUUAUGAUGUAAAUGGUUCUUCAGAAUACGAUCCGACAACUUCAGACUUGUCCAAAACUAGUCCUAUUAUAACCGUUACAUAUAACGACAAUUCUAGUAAUAAAUAUACAGGCAAGAUCAAAUUUAAAUUAAGUGGAUCAUCAGAUGAUGACAAUUAUGCCAUUGAUGGAAAGAAUUCAAAAUACAAUUUUUACCAGAUUUCCUAUUCUUCUUCUUACAGUCAGAUGAAUUCAGGCGAUUCUGUUGGAAGCGCAUUGGUUAAGGGUCAGCUUCCAACAUGGGCAAUUGUUGUUAUUAUUAUCGUUGUCAUUAUUGUGAUUGGCAUCAUAUGCGCAAUUUGCUUCUUCUGCUGUCGUAAAUCUUCAUCAUCAUCAAACAACUAUCACGAAGAACAUCAUGUUGAAGCAGUUCAACAAGAUCGACCAAAACCAGUUCAAACCAACACCGCUCCAGCAUCAUACUAUUCUCCUCCACCAUCACAACAACAACCACAGCCACAACAGCAACAACAAGCAACACCACAAAUAAAUUACAUACCUCCAUCAUACAACGUUCCUCCACAACAACCACAAUCAUCUGUUUAUGGCGCUCCUCCACAACAAUCUGUAGCACCAGAAACAAAAGAAGAUUAUUACAAACAAUACUACUAA